GCACAACCCCGCACGGCUCGGCGCAGCCCGGCACAGCCCCGCGCUCCCGCUCCGCCCUCGGCACAGCCCCGCACGGGGCGGCGCCCGGAGCUGCGCGGCGGGGCCGGAGCUGGAGCCGGGCGGGGAUCGGGCUGUGGAGCUGGAACGGGCUCUGCAACGGGGAUCGGGCUCCGGAGCGGGGCCGAAGCAGGAGCAGGACGGGGUGGCGGCGGAGAGAGGUUAUCAGGAGCGUUUAACCAGGCUCACCUCCCACCUUGCCGUUUGCCCUGGAGAGGCACUGACAUGAAAAGUGAGGAAUUGUAUUAGCGAGCAUUGAUCGGCGCUGGGGCAGGCAGGCAUUACACCAGUCUGGGCAUCUGCUGGGAUUGUGGAGUGGUGUUUGGAGCUUUCAGCACGACCCUUGCACUGCCGUGAGGCUGGGAAGGCUGUCACUGCUGCAGGAGGUAAAAUAAGAACAUGGCAUGAUGUCCUUUGGAAAAGGAGCGAUGGCAGCCAUCAGGAAGAAGCUGGUGAUCGUGGGAGAUGGUGCUUGUGGGAAGACGUGCCUGCUGAUCGUGUUCAGCAAGGACCAGUUCCCCGAGGUGUACGUGCCCACCGUGUUCGAGAACUACAUUGCUGACAUAGAGGUGGAUGGGAAGCAGGUGGAGCUGGCCCUGUGGGACACAGCAGGGCAGGAGGACUAUGACAGGCUGCGGCCGCUCUCCUACCCCGACACUGACGUGAUCCUCAUGUGCUUUUCCAUCGACAGCCCGGACAGUCUUGAGAACAUCCCUGAGAAGUGGACACCGGAGGUGAAGCACUUCUGCCCCAGCGUGCCCAUCAUCCUGGUGGGGAACAAGAAGGACCUGCGGCACGACGAGCACACGCGGCGGGAGCUGGCCAAGAUGAAGCAGGAGCCGGUGAAGCCAGAGGAGGGGAGGGACAUGGCCAACAGGAUCAAUGCCUUUGGCUACCUGGAGUGCUCGGCCAAGACAAAGGAGGGGGUGCGGGAGGUGUUCGAGAUGGCCACGCGGGCCGGCCUGCAGGUGCGCAAGAGCAGGAGGCGCCGGGGCUGCCCGCUGCUGUGAGCCCUGUGCCCUGUGCCUUGUGCCCUGUGCCCUCCCUGCCCUGUGCCCUGUGCCCACCCUGCCCUGUGCCUUGUGCCCUUGCUGCCCUGCCCUCCCUGCCUGCCCUGCCCUGCCCUGCCCGGGAGGCAGUGCUGGCACAGCCCCAGGAGCCUGUGGGGCACUGCCAGCCUGAGCCCUUGGCACAGAGCUGUCCCCAGGCUGUCCCUGCUCUGUUUGGGGCUGGUGCCUUCAGAGCCCGAUGCUCUCCGUGCGUCAGAUGCUGCUGUCACUGCCCUGGUUUGGACUGAGCUCCCUGGUUCUGCCUUCCCCUGGGCAUUGCUGUGCUGCUUGCUCUCCUUCCCCGGCUCGGGGCAGGUGCCACAGGAGCAGGAGGUGCCGGUCACAGCUCACUUGUGGCUCUGCCAGGCCCUUGGUGGCUCUGCCUCUCUCCUGGCCGUGCAGGCGGCACACACGGUGUCACAGACUUGCUGGGCAGCCUUAGCCCUGCCUGUGAGCAGAGCUGGGCUCAGCUGCUGCCAGCAGCUCUCCCUCCUCCCGGGACGUGUGCCCAGCUCUGCUGCCUCCAAGUCUGCCUUGGUCGUGGACUUGGCAGCACUGAGCCCAGCUGCAUAAUUGGGAGAAUAAAUGCAAACCAGUAUUUUGGUAAUUGUAA